AUACCAUGUGUGAAAAGAUCUUAUUGAAACAAUUAUCACACUUCAUUUAUGGGUAUUUUCAGAUUAGGUCUCUGUCUUUGGAUGCCCAGAAGGAAAGGUGGAGAGAAACCCAUAUCAUAUUAGAUAUAAAAAUGUGAAUGUAAGACUAUGAAAAUGCUGAAUAUACAAGUGCCUGCAAAUAUAAUGGUGUCAUGUAUUUUAUUUCCUACAGAAAGUUAUUUGGAAUAGGAUUCCACUAAUGAAAAUUUAUGAAAAUGAACUGUUUUCAUUAGGUUAGUUUUCAACUCCCAUCCACAAUGUUUUUUCUACUUCUGCAAGCAUAUUCACAUGUUUCUUAGGUUUGGGGUUACAAUUCUGGCAGCAUUCAACACCACUUUGGAGUGACUGAAAAAAUGAAGUUCACAAAAAAUGAUAGCACUCCCUAAGUCAUAUUCUCCAAGACUUCCUAAGAAACAGAGAAAGUACUGGAAGGAACAGAUGACAGAGUGGAUACACAGUUACCUGGUGCCCCAAUAUGCCUUUUCUGGACUGGUUCCUCUACCACUCAGUUGCCAUGUGGCUGCUCCUCCAGAGUUUUGUUCUGAUGGCCUUUUGUUUCCACUCAGCCACCACUUUUCCCAAGGGGUGUUAUCCCUCCACUGAAGAUGGCUUCAAAACUUUCCGCUGCAGUAAAGCUCAACUUACAGUUAUCCCAAAAGAUAUACCCAAUGAUACCAACAAGUUAUACUUGGAUUAUAAUCAGAUUUCUUUCCUGCCCAAUGACGCCUUCCAACAUUUGCCACUUCUAGUAGAACUAGACUUGUCCCACAAUGUCAUAAGUCGCAUGGAAGUUGGAGUCUUUAGGAGCUUGUCAGAGAACCUGCAUUCACUGGACUUGUCUUCUAACAAGCUAGUGUCAAUCAAUAAAGAUGUCUUCAGUGCACUAAAAGCCAAAGCCAACUUAUCCAACAAUCCUUGGCUCUGUGACUGCACACUCCAACAGCUGGUUGAAAGAGUAGAGCUGGUUGCUGGUACCUCUGAUGGGAUUGUGUGUGAUGCCUCUGCACGGAAAGAGCACAUUGGCAAGCCUUUUCUGCAGUUGAUUGGAGACAUAGAUUUCUGCAACAUCUAUAAAAAGACCACAGACAUCGCCAUGUUGGUCACCAUGUUCGGCUGGUUCGCCAUGGUGAUCUCAUAUUUAAUCUACUAUGUCCGGCAGAAUCAAGAGGAUGCCCGACGACACUUAGAGUAUCUCAAAUCCUUGCCCAGCAAGCAGAAGAAGUCAGAAGAGUCAUCUACAAUUAGCACUGUAGUGUGACCAAAAUUAAUAAUCCUUUCACCCUCACAAAUCCCCAGGAAACUAUUGUCCAUUGGAGUAGAUAGGUUUUACAUCUACUUUGGGUGGAUCAUGUCUGCUAGAUGCUUGAAUGCACAAUGGCUGAAGAGACUGUUAUUAAACAAAGAAUGAAAAUUUUAAAAGACUUAAGGAGGUAAGGCCUUGCUUAUAUAAAAGGCCUCACUUACUUUCAUUCCUGAGCAAUGAAAAAACACAAGUAAUCAUAAAUCAUAGCCAUGGUUGAAUUCACUGGCACAAUUCAAUGUAUGGAAUAGUGCCAUGUUAUGUAUCAGUUAUUUCUCAGUGCUGCAGUGGAGGCACCGUCACACCCAGACUUUGCAAAACCUCCCAGCUCUCAACCUCUUGUACUAUUCCAUGGAGGAAGUUCCCACCAUAUAAUGUUCUAGAGAUUCCAAGAAUCGGGAGUGAGAUGAUUCUGUUUUCUCUUGUUGUCACAAGGAUUUUGCUGCAGCCCUAACUUACUGGAGUCAAAAGCAAACUUCCCCAACCUGGUUCCCACUAAUUGUGUUGGGCUUUUAGGAGUUGCCCUACACAGUGGUAGUAUUCUAAGUCUUGGGAAGGCACAAUAAUAAUAAUAGUAAUAGUAAUAAUUAAAUACUAGAAGACAUGCCAGCCUAUUAUUCAUGUGCAAAUAAUUCCAAAUUCAAAUACUGAUCCUUUGAACACACAGUUGAUAACCAUUGUUGAGUUUCCUCUCCAAUGCUUCAUAUCAAUAUGUUUUUUAAAAAAUUAAAUAAAUAUUUUUCUUAUUUGCAGGAAUCUAUUAGUAUAUUAAGUAUAGAGGGAGGGACAGAAAGAAGGGUCAAAGAAUAUUUUAAGCCAUUCUUGCCAAUUUUACUGCUUUUGUAAGAUUCUUUAUGGGGCCUAUUUAGAAAUGGAAAAUCUCAAUUGAAGUGAUGCAGCAAAAAUUCAGAAAACAACACAAAGAAAACAUUCAUAAUCACCUUGAUUCAGAGAACAACAGGAACAGCAGAAGCUGUAGACAAGAUAUCUGCUUCUGCAAACAGUUCAGCUAUCUUUGAAGUUACAUUCACAGCUACUUUGUGUGUAGGGGAAGAGGCAGCAUGUGAUUUCACCUGCUUCAAAACUUCUUUGCCCAGUACAUGGCUUGGUGAAAUCUUGUCCUAGGUAAGAACCUUGUCUGCAGGUCUGUGUUCUAAGAAAAUGAAAGCUGCCAUGCUGUGACUUCACUUAAUCAAGGUGUGAUUAUUCUUUUCACUCAUUUUCUUUCUCGUUACAAAAUGGUUGCAUCAUGACACUAGUGAUAGAGGACUUCAAAAAGCCUAACAGUUGAGAGCUUGGUUCAUUCUGAUGAAAUAACUUAGAAAAUAAUAACUAUUACACAGAAAUCAUCAACCAAUAGCCAACAUUAUUUAGCUGGGCACCUAUAAGCAACAUAUGUCACAUGACCAAGAAAUGUAUAGCAGUUGUCAUUUUUUUUUCUUCUCAAGGGGAACACUGCACAUUUUCUUUGGCUAAAUUUUCUGGACUUAAAAAAUGUGGAAAUUCAAACACAAGUCAGUAGUUUUUAAAAUGGGUCAAUUUUUAAAUAUAAUCUGUAGCAAUAGCUGGAUAUCCAUUUUGCUGGAAUGCUUCACUUCUGCUCAUGAAUAUGGACUUACGGAUCACUAAUAUAAAUAUUUGGAUAAGUAGUCAAACAUGAAAUGGAGGAUACAUCUACAAUAUAUGUAAGGUAUAGAAUAGAAUAAUGAGGAUUAUGUUCUUCAAUACCUUUUUUUAAAAACAAAACAUUCUAGAAUCAAAUACGAGAAUAAUUUAAUUGGAUUCCAAAAGAGCAUUGCUUUCUUUCCAUUUGUCAGAACCAAAAAUACGAAUCUGUGAAAUGGAAGAAAGGGGUGGGGGAGGGAGAGCCAUUCACAUCUUGCAUUUUGUUAUUUCUUCCCUCCUAGAAAUGGGUCUGCUUGUGUGAAUAAGAAUCCAACACUUGAGCAAUGAUAAAAAAAAAGUUUUUAUAACAGCUUUCCUCAAGCCAGCAUUUUCCAGAUGUGUCAGAUACAACCCCCAGCAGUCUCAAUAUGUAGCAGGAUUGGGGAUAUUAAGAAAUGCAGUUUUACAUACUUGGUGCCUGUCAGGAUUGUGGCUCAUACUGGAACUCUAAUACAAUUCAUCCUCUGCAUUGUUAAAAUAGGGCCACUAGCAGUAUGGCUGGUCCUUGAUGCCUAUCUAUUCUUCCUACCUAUCUUCAUGAAUGUAAGCCAGAUGUUCUCACGUCUCAACUGUGAUACCCUCCAUAUCUCCAGGUAUCUGAAAUGUGACGGGAAUUGACAUGGUUGAGAUCCCCGCGUUGUGCUACUCACAUAAGUAGGUUUUUUUUAAGGGAAACAAAAUUAUCCAGACAUAAAACUUGCAAUGGCUCCAACUAAGACAUAAUGUUAGUAGAAAAUGUAAACAAAUCUGAUGUCUCCUGCUACCCAACUUUGCACCACCUUCAUAUAUAUAUACCAAUGUGCCAUUUUCAAGGGUUGCUUUGUCAAGAUUUCCCUAAAUAUUGGAAGAAGCAAAUGUGGAGAACUUUAGGGAAGUGUGCUUGGAGACUAUUUUUACUUAAUCUGGAUAUUGAGGUUCUUAAUAUUGGAGAUGGAGCUGUAGGCAAUGAAACCAUCUGUGUGGCAUAUCAUUCAAAACUGCCAUUAUGACCUGGAGGUCCACCUGUAUUCCUCAUGUGCCUACCUGGUUUGUACUUGAGGGAAUUCUGCCCUGCCAGGUUACUAGACCAUCUUACACUCUGCUGUGGCCCAUGUGGGUAAGAGGUAGAGAUUGCAUCGACCUGCCAUUCUCUCAAGUGCCCUUUAUUGAGAGGUUGCCUCCUCAAGAGCUUUAUGGUCUGGUUUUUCAGGGCAGAGCUUUUUGUGGGUGGACGAGGUUUUUUUUUGCAAGUCCUACCUACUUUGUAACAAAAUUCUUCCCUUGAUUUUCAAGAGGUUCCGUCUUCUGUUUCCUUACCAAUAAAAGCCAAAACGCCUUCAUUGGAAGAAAGAGAUUGUGUUGCUGUUGUGUACCAUCAAACAGAAGGGGCGCUGGUCACCAAACGUUUGUGUGAGGAUCCAGAUGAGAGCUGACCUGCUACUGUGACCAAGUACUGAGGAAACACAGGAUGAGAAGAAUGUACACGCUCUCUUUCUCCGUUGAUAAGCAGCCUUAUGCCUUGAGCUUUUCAAACUUAGUACCUCUUCUCUACAUUCCCAGUAUGCGGUUGGACUCCUCUAAUGGGAUGCUGGUAGUUUACAAAGAGCUGCGCACAAAGAAAAUCUUGAGAAAUCAGAAUGCUCACUGAAAACCUUUACACAUGCACAAAAGGGAGAAAACAAAGAAGUUAUGUAAUAAUCAAAGUAUUUCCUGUUUUCCCUUCCCCAACAAUGUUAUUUAUUUAAUUUUCUUUUCCCAUGAAAAAAGAUAAAUAAACAAUAAUUAAGCAGGAUGUAUUGGAUGGUGCCAUGAUGUUCUUGUGUCUCUGGAAAGAGGUCCUUGUUUUCACACAGCUGAACUAAUGGGAUGGACCAAGAUAUGUGGGUUCCUGCAGUGGGCAAAAUAGAUCGUUAGAUGAUAGAUGGAUAGAUAUAGAUUUUGUAGUGCACUUAGAUAUA